CAUCGAGUGAAUCUAAUCAGUCAUCGUUUGGAUUUACGAGGUAAUUGAGUCGAUUGUUGAGUGAACAUCGAUCAAUCGUAUCAAUGGAAACUCAUUUCUCUGUUUGUUCAUUAAGAGAAAACAAAACAAAAUAAAUUACAAGUGAAUCAUUUUGUUUAUUUGUUCUUUCAUUCUAAUCCCAUGGCUCAUCCAUCUCGUGGGGCUUUGAUUGUGAUCGAGGGAAUUGAUCGAGUUGGCAAAUCUACUCUCUGUCAAUCAUUAAUCGCCCUUUUGACCUCGGAAAAUGCAAGUGUCGAGCUGAUCCGUUUUCCGUCUCGUUCAACUAAUAUCGGCAAAUUCAUCGACAAUCACCUUAAACCAGGAGGCGAUUUGCUCAAUGACCAAACUGUUCAUUUGCUGUUUUCCGCUAAUCGUUGGGAAAUGAAAGAAUCGAUGCUGAAUAAACUUCUCGCUGGAAAAACUUUAAUUGUCGAUAGAUAUUCUUACUCUGGUGUGGCCUAUUCUGCUGCUAAAAAGAAAUUGUCCCUUGAUUGGUGCAAAGCUCGAAAAGGGCUCAUUAAACCAGAUUUGGUUAUUUAUCUGUCUGCCGACGCUGAAGUGAUCGCUAAAAGGCCAGGAUUUGGGGAUGAAAUUUAUGAGAAAAAAAGUUUCCAAAUAGAAGUCGCUUCUGUGUAUGAACAAUUGAAAGAUAAAGAUUGGAAAUUGAUCGAUGCCAAUCAAAGACCUGAGGAAGUUCUUGCCAUUGCCAUUGGAGAGAUUAAAAAAACCAUGGAAAAUGCUACUGAAAAGCCAAUCGCUCAACUUUGGGAGUAAUCAAACUAAUUCAUUAUAAAAAUAUUUAUUUGAGUUGAAAUGUAAGACAAUUUUUGUAACAAUCAGAAAACUUUCAAUUGAUUUGAAUUCAAUUAAAGUUUUAUUUUUGUAAACUUGCUGAUCGCAAACGAUAAAUUCUAUUCUUCUUCAUUA